GCACCCUCACGCCGAGAGUAUCUGGUAGUCAUACGCUGGCCCGUUGCGAGCCCGCCGAUAUACCGCGCCUCUCUCGCUCGCUUUGCUCGCCACUGUGCACGCUUCUCGCGUCGCAUCGCGACAACUGCGUGGUGUGCUGACCCAGUUUCGACGCGCGUACACGGGAGUCGGUACCCUUACCGAGAUAUCGAGAUCCGUUAUCUGGUUUCGGCUGAUCGUGGUCCUCUAGGAGCGUCUAUAGGACCUAGUAGUAUCGUAGAGAUCGAGGUGGUGUGGAUUGAAUUACAGAGAAUCGAAUUACUUAGGUGUAUCAUCUACUGAAGAUUGCAAUAAAGAGUCCUCCUCUGAGGCCUUUUGGGGGAGUAAGUAGCAGAGGGACAGAGGACGGUUUAGCACCGACUGGCUAGUGAGAACAGUGGUGCCUGAGAGUAAAGUGUUCAUCGACAAAGUAGACCCUGAGAAGAGCAAGUGGAGCAAUUCUCGCGUUGCAGAGGGUCCUGUCACCUUCGUCUAACUCUAGAGAAUAGUGAUACCCAGUAACUCUCCUCUGACUAUCAAAGUGUCUCGAUACCACGGCACCAGGAAACCUUCCUCGAGGCGAUCUCGCUCACAUGGUCUGUGUUUUGCCCAGCCGGCCCUACGUGGCUCCCUCUCGGGCGUUUACGCGAGUUAGUCCUGUCUGAACUCGCAAGUGUCACCUGGCCGGCAGGCGUCCGUUGGUGUGGUGCCGCGUCGUUUAGCUCCAACGUCCGUGCAAUGACCUGGGUUCGACGGGACGCGCGUCGCUGGUGCUCGUAGACCGUCAACACACCGGGGAUCAUCGAGGGUCCCGCUCAGGCUAAUUGCUGUCGCUGUAGCUGGCAGCGGUAGGUCGACCCGCGUCGUUGCGGUUCCAGACGAUUGACGCGCUGCCACGUUUCCUGUGCUGACAGGUGACAAGCGUUCGUAUCGGGAUCUCGUCGGAGCUAGCUGCUCAGGAAUCGCAGCAGCAACUCUAUGCAGCAAGGGACUAGGGAGGAGUAGAGAACAACGUUUACCAUCUCUCCACAAUCGGAUUCGAUUCACGCCCACGUCUCGAAGGAAACUGUAAUCGAUACGAUGGAUACGUUCCUGAUAAUAGGUAUCUGCUUCCUCUGCUACGAGAUGUGCGAUUUGAUCAGGCGUUAUGCUACACCACAGACGACGGAGCCACGUCGCUCACUGGAAACCGCCGCAGCACCGCCCUCGCACCGCGUGUUCUCGAUUUCCCACAGAAUACAGAGCCGUCCAGCCUGUUGCCCGCUGUAAGCUCGGAUGAUCCCCGACUUCUGCGCUAGGCGAUUCAUCCUCGACCUACCGAAAGGCUCUAUCCUCGAAAAACGCCGAGACUAUCAGUCUUAUCUGCUCGUUCACGGACACAGGAGGAAUACUCGCGAGGUUUGCGCGACUCCAGUGCGAUCACAGAGUUCUUGUUGAUGGUCAGACAUUCAUAACUACGAAUCGUGAUCUUCGAUACGAAGUAGCAAAUGGAAUUGGCGCUGGCCUGACAAAUGCACCGGACACAAUGACACGGGUCUCAGGUCGGAUUGAUAGACGGAUACAAACGCGCCGAUAGGAUCAACUGCUGUCGUUAUCGAUAAGAUAAUAUUCGACGUUCGAAAGUUUGUUGUUGCCUCGAGUUUGUGGAAAUCUUUCUUUGCACGCGCUAAGCUCGGAUGAUCUCCGACGUCUGCGUCAGGUGAUUCAACGGACAUCCUACCAGACUGUUAUCUUCGAGAAUCGCUGGCGAAGAGAGUACCUAUCCUUCGAUGGGUAGAGACAGAAGGUUCGCAAUGUUUGCUCUAGCGUGCACGAUCCUAGGAUCUUUGUAGAUCGUCGACUAUUCGUCACACCGACGCAGGACAUAGGUGAUCUUGGAUAGCGUCGAUCCAGGGCUGCGAGACGAAGCACCGAGCGGAAUUGGCGCUCUCCUGACAAAUGUACUGGACAUGAUGGAGCGCGUCCCACGUUGGAUCGAUAGACAGACGACGUAAGCGCGCCGAUAGGAUCACCUACUGCCCCUAUCGCGAUCGAUGAGAGUUUGCAGCUACCCGAGUCCCUGGACACCAGAGCCCGAGACUUCCGGCUCCGUUAAAAUGCUUGCUCGAGCGAGGUCGAGCGGAAUUCGAGUCGAAGCUCGUUCCUCCUGCAGUUUGGAAGCAUUCUCGCGUUGCCGUCGCGAGUGUCGUUGAAUUUCAGAGGACACGCGAGAAUCCUGCGAACUCCUUGGGUCGCACGUGUCGACGAGUAAUCGCGAGUGAAGUUUCCUCCUUGAACUCUGUUCCGAAGCACAACCCUCGGUGAUCCACUUGCUAUCAGCGGGAUAGGUUACGUAAAAAUGCAUCGAGUAUCGACGAUCCGCAAGAGUCCCUGGGAAUCGAACUCGAGGAAGGAUACUCGGGAUUUCCGUGCAGCGUGGGAACGUUGAGUCGCGAGCAAUCGCGUCAAUCACGCUCGCUGUCCGCACGUGGCGUGUGUCUGGUGGCACUUGUCAUCGAGUGAACAUUGAAAUGCGCAGAGACUGGUCGACGGAAACACGUCCCGUAGAAUUUCACGUGCCCUUUUGUUAUCUCCAGCGUCUUCGGAGGACGACGGAGUAGUGUGUCGACGUGUAGGAUCGUUGCUGUGCUUCGACCAGUUGAUAUAAAGGGUCCCACUCCUUUGAGUCAAAGAUAGAAGAGAAGAGAAGCAGGUUUUGAGCGAUCACCAGCAGAUUUUUGCAAUUCUCAUCGAUCACCGUCGACCUGGGUAAAAAGGAGACCGGGGACUAUCUGGAUACAGGAAAGAUGGACUCGUUGGAGCGUUUGAUGAGCGCAGGAUCGCACCAGCCAGCCCUGACGGCCGCUACGCGAUCCCAGAAUGCCUUCGUUCAAGCCAACCUUUGCUCCGUGAUCGGGCGGAAAGGUCGCCAUCUGACUGGCACGUUCUGCCUGACGGGGGACACGAUGGAGGGCAUUAUUCAGUGCCUCGUGUUCCUGAAAGCGUUUUCGCUGGUGGGCGGUGAAUUUGACAUGGAACUGAACUUCGUGAUUCAGGACGCACAGAACAUCAGGCACAUGCUGGAACUCCUCGAUCAUUGCCCGCCCAAUCUCCAGGCCGAAAUAUGGAGCGUCUUUAUCGCUAUCCUGAGGAAAAGCGUGAGGAAUUUACAAGCAUGUACAGACGUAAGCCUCAUAGAACACGUGUUGCAUCGGUUGUCUCGCGCGGAAACUGUUGUCGCAGACUUGCUGAUCGACAUGCUCGGAGUGUUAGCCAGCUACAGUAUAACGGUGAAGGAAUUAAAACUUUUAUUCGGCGCUAUGAAAGCUGUGAAAGGAAAAUGGCCAAGGCAUUCGGCAAAGCUGUUAAAUGUUCUCCGUCAAAUGCCGCAACGAAACGGACCUGACGUGUUUUUCAGUUUUCCCGGUAGGAAAGGAUCGGCAAUCGUCCUGCCGCCACUUGCAAGGUGGCCGCACGAGAAUGGAUUCACGUUUACCACGUGGUUCCGUUUGGACCCCAUCAACUCUGUUAAUAUCGAACGAGAAAAGCCGUACCUCUACUGUUUUAAAACUAGCAAGGGAGUAGGAUACUCUGCGCAUUUCGUGGGGAACUGCUUGGUCCUCACCUCUAUGAAAGUAAAGGGCAAGGGCUUCCAGCAUUGUGUCAAAUAUGAAUUUCAGCCACGAAAGUGGUAUAUGAUCGCCGUAGUGUACAUAUAUAAUAGGUGGACGAAGAGCGAAAUUAAAUGUUUGGUCAACGGUCAAUUGGCAUCGAGCACAGAAAUGGCGUGGUUCGUUUCAACAAACGACCCGUUUGACAAAUGUUACAUCGGAGCUACUCCGGAACUGGACGAAGAGCGUGUGUUUUGCGGACAAAUGAGUGCAAUAUAUCUGUUCAGCGAAGCUCUGACAACACAUCAAAUAUGUGCUAUGCAUAGACUGGGGCCUGGAUAUAAGAGUCAGUUUCGUUUUGACAACGAGUGUUACCUGAAUCUGCCUGACAAUCACAAAAGGGUGAGUGAUGAGCCGGAGCUCACGAGCAUGGUGGACCAAAGUAUGCAAACUGUGCUUUACGAUGGUAAGCUGUCAAAUGCAAUCGUCUUCAUGUACAACCCGGUUGCAACGGAUUCUCAACUUUGCCUGCAAAGUGCACCGAAAGGCAACGUCUCCUAUUUUGUACAUACACCACACGCCCUUAUGCUGCAGGAUGUUAAAGCUGUCAUCACGCACUCCAUUCAUAGCACGUUGAACUCGAUUGGUGGCAUUCAAGUGCUGUUCCCUUUGUUUUCGCAACUAGAUAUGCCUUACGAUUGCAUAGCACCCAACGAUGUUAAAAGGGACCCCACGUUAUGUUCGAAACUGUUGGGGUUUAUUUGCGACUUGGUGGAAAGUUCGCAAACCGUGCAGCAACAUAUGGUACAAAACAGAGGAUUUUUGGUAAUUAGCUACAUGCUACAGAGAGCAAGCAGAGACCAUCUCACCACAGAAGUUCUUACGUCAUUCUUGGAGCUCACAAAGCACUUGGUUACCUGCCUCAGCGCGAACAGUGAUUUGUUAUUAAAACAGUUGUUUUACUUUUCAUUCCUAACAUGGCAGCUAUUGGAUCACGUCCUUUUUAAUCCCGCUCUAUGGAUAUAUACGCCGGCCCCGGUACAGACGCGGCUUUAUUCGUACUUGGCCACAGAGUUUCUCAGUGACACGCAAAUAUAUUCUAAUGUAAGAAGAGUCUCCACAGUAUUACAAACGGUGCACACGCUUAAAUAUUAUUAUUGGGUCACCAAUCCACGAGCCAAAAGUGGCAUCACUCCGAAAGGACUUGACGGACCGCGACCUCAGCAGAAGGAUAUUUUGACAAUACGCUCUUAUAUUUUGUUAUUUCUGAAACAACUGAUAAUGAUCGGGAACGGAGUGAAGGAUGACGAGUUGCAGAGCAUUCUGAAUUACCUGACAACAAUACACGAGGACGAUAACUUACACGACGUUCUGCAAAUGCUGAUAUCGUUGAUGUCCGAACAUCCAUCUUCGAUGGUGCCCGCUUUCGACGCCAAGCAGGGCGUCAGGACGAUCUUCAAAUUGCUAGCGGCGGAGAGCCAGCUGAUACGCCUGCAGGCCCUGAAGUUGCUGGGAUUCUUCCUCAGUCGCAGUACACAUAAUUUAAAUUACAGACGAAAAUACGACGUCAUGAGCCCCCACAAUCUGUACACGCUGCUGGCCGAACGAUUGCUGUUGAACGAAGAGACGCUGUCGCUGCCAACGUACAACGUUUUAUACGAGAUUAUGACGGAACAAAUUAGUCAGCAGAUCCUCUACGCCAGACACCCUGAACCAGAGUCCCAUUGCCGUCUAGAAAAUCCAAUGAUCUUGAAGGUAGUAGCGACACUAAUUCGACAAUCAAAACAAACUGAGCAACUGUUGGAAGUAAAGAAGCUGUUCCUCUCUGACAUGACCUUACUGUGCAACAACAACCGAGAGAAUCGACGAACGGUUCUACAGAUGUCUGUGUGGCAGGAAUGGCUAAUAGCCAUGGCCUACAUCCAUCCGAAGAACACGGAAGAGCAAAAGAUCUCGGACAUGGUAUACUCGUUGUUUCGCAUGCUUCUACAUCAUGCCAUCAAACACGAGUACGGUGGGUGGCGUGUAUGGGUGGACACUCUCGCCAUUGUACAUUCCAAGGUGUCCUACGAGGAAUUCAAGCUUCAGUUCGCUCAGAUGUACGAGCACUACGAGAGGCAGAGGUCAGAUAACAUUACGGAUCCCGAGUUGAGACAACAGAGGCCAAUCAGCACUAUCUCUGGUUGGGAUCAGCAGCAUUCGGGGAAUAAUGGGUACACCAAACCGUCGCCCUGGGGCAACCAACAAAAUCACGACGUGCAGCAUGUGGAGAGGAACUACAAGGAGUUCGACGCAUCCGAGGGAAACGACCGCCUAGAAGAAUCCUGCAGCUGCGACUUGAACUCGAUAGACAACACCGAAAGCGACGGCAGCCCAGCAAUUGUGAAGUCGCACAGUGAAACGCUGGACACUCCCCAGUCGAGCGAGGUGAUAUCCCUGGAUUCCAGACUGAGCGACAAACCAGAAACGCCGACGACGGCACGAGAGAUUCACACGGACACACCGACGAUCCUCGAGGAAGCCAACAGCGAGGCAGUCUCCAUACCCACGACUCAAGAGACCAGCGAAGUGAUAUCGCUCGAGAGUACCAGCGAUUUGUACAGCGAAGUGCACAAGAUCGAAAGCUCCAGUCCCGAUUCGAUGGUGGUGCAAGAGGUUCUGAAGAAAGACGAGGAAUCCUUGGAUCAGAAAUCGCAGGAUACCGUCCCUGAAUCGUCACCAUCUAAGCAAGCGGAGAAAAGCACGCAAGCAGAAGACGAAGAAGAAGAGGAAUCGGCGCCCAAAGAGGACGCGAAUGUAUCCGACACUGCGAUUUCGAGUGCUGAAGAACCGCAAGAAGCCACCGUAACUCCUGAAACUCCCUCCUUGGAGAGCGAAGAAACGAGCAAAGAGAAAUCCGAAGCGGUAGAUAAAGUUGCGAAAGAUGACGACGUUGUUUCGACCGUGGAGGAAACCUCUGAGAAAACAGAAACAUCCGACGAAACUUCUACAGAGAUCAUCGCUUCGAUAGAGCAAGUUGUCACUGAGAACAUGACUUCCUCUAGCGAAACGCCAGAGCCACUGAAUAUCAAGGACAUCGAGAAGCUACAAUUGGAGAACGAUCGAGAGAUAAACGACAGCGAUACCUCAGAAGCGUACUUAACACCGACGGAGAACCAAGAGAAUCUCGGCGACACGAAGGACAAGGUCCUGGACGUAGAAAAGACAGAGAAUAGUGUCGAGGAUAAUGUCAUCGAAAGCAAUGUCGAGGCCACUGUUGUCGAAGACAUCGUCGAUAAUCCCGAAAAGACGACCGCGAACAUCGAGACUAGCGAGAAAGAAACCGAGGAAAACUUGAAAAAUCCCAAUUGCUCAACUAGCGUAAUAGAAAGUACCGAUGCCUGCGAGGAAAAGGUAGAGGUAGAAGAGGAGAAAGUGGAAUCAGUAGUGACUAGUGAGUUAAGUAGUGACAAAUGCGCCGCGGACUCUGUAACAGAGGAGAAAAGUGCUGUUAUUAAUGAUAACGACGAGAAGGUAACUGAACAUACAAGGGAGCCGUCCACUAUUUCUACUAACGUAAGUGAUAAUAAGUCAGACACCCCGGUGAGAACUGACGAGGUAGAAGUAACAGAUAGUGUUUGUAGUAAUAGCGAUAUACAAAGUUCUGUAGAUAACGUGACGCAAGUGCCAAAUCCUAAGCAGCAAAUUCCAACAAUAUCUACGGUCUGUGAUGCAAAUAAAAAUAUGCCCGACGGUGUGCCUCAAAUCGUUAGUCCUUCCGUGGUCACGAGGGACAAUUCGUUAUUGAAUGACUUAACUCCAGAUCACGUAGAUAAUCAUCGCAGAUCCAGCCUGCCGGCUGUACCCUCCGAGACAGCCACCGAUGAUAACGUAAACAGUAACGAACCUCCUUCUUUACCUGUACCAUUGCGAAAAACAUCGUCACCCCAGAAACGACCAAGGAGUGCCUCAACAUCCACGCAAGUGGAUCCCAAUCAUUUCGAAUCAAAAAGAUCGAAGCAAGGUAAUCCUUCCACGAGACCAAUGUUUAGUCCAGGACCGACACGACCCCCUUUCAGAAUACCAGAGUUCAAGUGGUCCUACAUACAUCAGAGGUUACUCUCGGAUGUCCUCUUCUCGCUAGAGACUGACAUUCAAGUCUGGAGAAGCCAUUCGACGAAGUCAGUGUUGGAUUUUGUGAACAGCAGCGAGAACGCAAUAUUUGUUGUUAAUACUGUUCACCUGAUUUCGCAACUGGCCGACAAUCUCAUAAUUGCCUGCGGGGGAUUGUUACCGCUUCUAGCAUCAGCGACCUCGCCGAAUAGCGAAUUGGAUGUAAUUGAACCAACUCAGGGGAUGCCAAUUGAGGUAGCGGUUUCUUUUCUGCAAAGACUAGUCAACAUGGCUGAUGUACUUAUCUUCGCCAGCUCGUUAAAUUUUGGUGAACUGGAGGCUGAGAAGAAUAUGUCUAGUGGCGGUAUUCUAAGGCAGUGUUUACGACUGGUCUGUACAUGUGCUGUUAGAAACUGCUUAGAGUGUAAAGAACGUGGCAGAUCGUACAGCAUGUUAGGUCGACAGAUUGGUUCUAGUAAUAAACCACAUCACAUACAGUCUCUCAUACGUGGAGCUCAAACAUCACCCAAGAAUAUAGUGGACAAUCUGGCGCAUCAGUUGAGUCCUGUAAAGGACCCUGAGAAAUUGUUACAAGACAUGGAUGUGAAUCGUUUAAGAGCUGUGAUAUACAGAGAUGUUGAAGAAACCAAGCAGGCCCAGUUUCUGUCCCUGGCUAUAGUUUACUUCAUCUCUGUACUAAUGGUAUCGAAAUAUCGCGACAUAUUGGAACCACCAAUAUCUCAACGUCCCCCAAGUCCAGUUCAAACAAUUCAGACUAACGGUGCUGGUCUUAGACCAGGCAGUCCUUCAGCAGAUGGGAAUGGUGGUGGAGGAGGGCGGCCCCUGUUUCCACAGUGGUCUCACCACGUGUACCCACAGUUCCUCCCGGGAUCUCACCCUAACGCCAAUGCGAAUGCCAAUGUCAAUGCCAACCACCACAUCAACCAGCACCACCACCAGCACCCGCUACCGGCUGCCAGGCACUCUAAUCGCCAGCCCCCCUCCAACUAUUAUCUCCCGAAUCACCACAGUAAUCAUUACAACCAUCAUCCGAAUAACCAUAAUUAUCAUCGUCAUCAUCAUUACCAUCAUCACAAUAACAACAAUCACCAUCAUACGCUUCAAAAGCAUAUCGAUCAGCCCCGAAAUCUCUGUCAUAGAAACUCCGGUGUCGGUCUGCAAGGAAGCGGAGGUAUCAUGAGCCAAGCUGGUUCUCAAGACGAUGGCGAAUACGAGGUUAUAAUUGUCGAUGAGAACAAUUCCUCGAUCCUGGCCGAUCACGACGUAUCGUCGUCUGGACCUCCAUCGACGAAGGGAGGUCACAGUGGUGUACCUCGGCCACGGACAAUUCUCGAGGAUUACACCUCGUCAGAACCAACGCUUGGCUCUUCGACAAGACCCGAACCACUGCCACGAAAUAUCCAGAGCAACGACUCCAGCGAGGAGACGGUGCACCGCAGUAAUGUCACCGCCGAUCCCAGUCCAUCCGAUAUUACCACCGACAAUGAGAACAAACAUAACUCCUCCGAGGAGGCUUGGACCGAUGUCAACUUGAACGAAGACGGGGACACGAUCCCGAUCACGAACCAGAGAGAAGACCCACGAAAUAUUCACAAUAUGGUCCAUAAUCGCGGUGAGAUUCAAGACAGCGAAGGUAACGUUCUGGAGCAAGAGAUGCUCGGGAACGCGGAACGCGGUGAAAAACCAUCCGCAGAGAUUUCAGUGGUCCGGGUGCCAGACAGAUUGGUGGUUAGUUCCGCGUCCCCAAGACCCGACGAACUACCGAUAAAAGGACUUGUCGAUCACCUGCCGGUGCCGACGCCCUCGCGCGAGGCGUCCCUCACGCAGAAAUUGGAAAUGGCGCUCGGUUCCGUUUGCCCUCUUUUGCGCGAGAUCAUGGUGGAUUUCGCCCCGUUCCUCUCGAAAACUCUCGUCGGCUCUCAUGGACAGGAGUUAUUGAUGGAAGGAAAAGGUCUGACAACCUUCAAGAAUAGCAACUCCGUGGUGGAGUUGGUGAUGCUACUUUGUUCCCAAGAAUGGCAGAACUCCUUGCAGAAACACGCGGGCCUCGCUUUCAUCGAGCUCAUUAACGAGGGAAGGUUGCUGUCUCACGCGAUGAAGGAUCAUAUAGUCAGAGUCGCCAACGAGGCUGAAUUUAUCCUGAAUCGAAUGAGAGCGGACGACGUGUUGAAGCAUGCUGACUUCGAGUCACAGUGUGCACAGACGUUACUCGACCGACGGGAAGAGGAACGAAUGUGCGAUCAUCUGAUCACAGCUGCACGAAGACGAGACAAUGUCAUCGCCAGCAGAUUAUUGGAGAAGGUUCGAAAUAUCCUGUCUAACAAACAUGGCGCUUGGGGAUACAUGGAUCCAAUGGCUGCAAAAUUGGCCGAAUACUGGAAGCUAGAUGCUUGGGAGGAUGAUGCACGCAGACGUAAGCGUUUCGUGCACAAUCCACUAGGCUCGAGCCAUUCCGAGGCUACACUGAAGGCGGCUCUCGAGCACGGUGCACCCGAGGAUGCGAUCCUUCAGGCGCGUGAGGAGUUUCACGCGCAUCUCGCAGCCUCGCGUGCACAUCAGCAGCAAUUGCAGUCGGCGGAUCUCAUGGAUGACAAUGAGCUGUUGUCGGAUGAUAGGGACCUCGACAACGAUCUGACGGGCCCAGUGAACAUCAGUACGAAAGGCAAACUGAUCGCGCCGGGUAUUGUGGCUCCCGGAAUUAUCUCCGUGACAUCCACAGAGCUGUACUUCGAAGUGGACGAGGAGGACCCAGAGUUCAAGAAAAUCGACACUGAGGUGCUGAAGUACUGCGACCACUUGCACGGAAAAUGGUACUUCUCCGAGGUUCGAGCGAUUUUUUCUCGGCGUUAUCUGCUCCAGAACGUGGCGAUCGAGAUCUUCCUCGCCAGCAGAACCUCGAUCCUGUUCGCGUUCCCGGACCAGGCGACGGUGAAAAAGGUGAUCAAGGCGCUACCGCGAGUCGGCGUGGGCAUCAAAUACGGGAUUCCGCAGACUAGGAGGGCUUCGAUGAUGUCGCCUCGACAGCUGAUGAGGAGCUCCAACAUGACACAGAAGUGGCAGCGCAGAGAGAUAUCUAACUUCGAAUACCUGAUGUUCUUAAACACGAUUGCAGGUCGGACAUACAACGAUUUGAAUCAGUACCCCGUGUUCCCAUGGGUAUUGACUAACUACGAGACAAAGGAGCUGGAUCUUAGCUUGCCCAGCAACUAUCGUGACUUGUCGAAGCCGAUCGGUGCGUUGAAUCCAAGCAGAAGGGCUUACUUCGAGGAACGCUUUCAGAGCUGGGAGCACGACAGUAUACCGCCCUUCCAUUAUGGCACGCACUAUUCCACGGCUGCUUUCGUUUUGAACUGGAUGAUUCGCGUGGAGCCCAUGACGACGAUGUUUCUGGCCCUCCAAGGCGGCAAGUUCGAUCAUCCGAAUCGACUGUUCUCCUCGAUAGCUCUGUCCUGGAAAAACUGCCAACGAGACACUUCCGACGUCAAGGAGCUCAUUCCCGAGUUCUUCUUCUUACCGGAAAUGUUGGUGAACAGUAAUCGGUAUCGCUUGGGUAGGCAGGAAGACGGUAGCUCGGUUGGCGACGUUGAACUACCGCCAUGGGCAUCGUCUCCAGAGGAAUUCAUCAGAAUUAAUCGAAUGGCUCUAGAAUCAGAGUUCGUGUCCUGCCAAUUGCAUCAGUGGAUCGACCUGAUAUUCGGUUACAAGCAGAAAGGUCCGGAAGCUAUUCGAGCAACAAACGUUUUCUACUAUUUAACGUACGAGGGCAGCGUAGAUUUAGAUACCAUAACAGACUCAGUAAUAAGAGAAGCCAUAGAAAACCAAAUACGAAACUUCGGCCAAACUCCCUCGCAGCUUCUGAUGGAGCCUCAUCCGCCGCGGAGCUCGGCGAUGCAUUUGAGUACCGCGAAGUUUGACAAGACGUUGCCACCCAUGUUGCAGUCACCGAUGAUGUUCUCGAGCAUUCCGGACGAUGUAUGCAUGACGAUUAAAUUCCCAUCGAAUUCGCCGAUAUGCCAUAUCUCGGCCAACACGUAUCCCCAGCUGCCUCUGCCAUCGGUUGUCACUGUUACCACUGGACAGCAAUUUGCUGUCAACAGAUGGAACACCAACUACGCUGCAUCCGUGCAAUCGCCUAGCUACGCUGACACUCCGCAGGCUCAGGCUGCGAACCAACCGCUGUCCAUGGACCCAGUCCUCUCACAAGCAGCGAACAGCUCAAACCCCACCUUACGUCGACACUUGGGUGACAACUUCAGUCAAAAACUGAAGAUUCGAAGCAACUGCUUCGUCACCACGGUGGACAGUCGAUUCCUGGUCGCUUGUGGCUUCUGGGAUAAUAGUUUCCGGGUGUUUUCCACUGAAACUGCCAAGAUUGUGCAGAUAGUGUUCGGCCACUAUGGAGUCGUCACGUGUUUGUCGCGCAGCGAAUGCAACAUCACUUCCGACUGUUACAUAGCAUCUGGCAGCGCAGAUUGCACCGUGUUAUUGUGGCACUGGAACGCCAGAACGCAAACAAUUGUUGGAGAAGGCGAAGCUCCAGCGCCCAGAGCGACUCUUACUGGACACGAGCAGCCAGUGACGGCUGUUGUUAUAUCUGCCGAGUUGGGCUUGGUUGUUUCAGGAUCUUACUAUGGACCUGUUCUGGUGCAUACGACCUUUGGCGACCUUUUGAGGUCGCUGGAAGCCCCGAAUGGAUUCUCUUCGCCUGAAAAUAUCGCGAUGUCGCGAGAAGGUGUCAUUGUGGUGAAUUACGAACGUGGACACAUAGCAGCGUUUACCAUAAAUGGGAAACGCCUUCGUCAUGAGUCUCAUAACGAUAACCUUCAGUGUCUGCUGCUCAGCAGAGAUGGCGAAUACUUAAUGACAGGAGGAGAUAAACGGAUCGUGGAAGUUUGGAGGACUUUCAACCUCGCUCUCCUUUACGCAUUCCCAGCUUGCGAAAGCAGCGUGCGUUCUCUGGCACUCUCUCAUGACCAAAAGUUUCUCCUGGCCGGUCUGGCAAACGGGUCGAUCGUGAUCUUCCACAUCGACUUCAACAGGUGGCAUCACGAGUUCCAACAACGUUACUGAGACUGCUUCGCGUAUGUCUAGCAGAAUCGUACUCGCACGAGCACACUCCAGCUGUUGUCUGGCAUUUUUGCACAACACCGACGGAUUUCCCCCAAGCCAUGGAUGCGUCGCAACGGUGACAGUCACAGAACUAUCUAACCACGAAGUGUACUCGGCAGCAACAGAUCCACGAUUUCACUAACAAGAGUAACGAACGCGUCGCACGAUCUCCUGCAGUUAUCGCGCGAUGCGUUCGAGAUAUUUGGAGAUAGGAGCAACGAGCAACAACGCUUUCGUAACCGUUUAUUACAAUCAGAUAGAGGGCCGCUGAGAGUAGUCGCCGUGCAGCAAGUAUUCACGAUAUUCAGCGUUUAGCAAUAACUCGCUUUCCGCGACUCGUAACAAUUCAAGACAGUGCUUCCGUGACGCGAACCGAAUCGACGGCGACGCGCAAGCGAACAGUAGAACGAAGCUUCGAUGGGAGCCAGUCUAGAGCUUUCGAGGGCGCGUUGUUCCGUGAUUCAGAUCCCGGAUGGAUGCGUCGUUUGGCUCCCGGAGCUCGAGGAAGUGAACAUUUAAGACAGGGAUUAAAACCGACGCGUCCCUCAACGCUAGUCAAUUACGGAGACUCGGAUCUAUCUCUACGCUUGCGAGACGUUCAAAGGCCGAUUCUUGGAUACACCCCACGUGAGGGUAAGGGCCCACCCAUGUUAAAGUGAACGGAUAACAUGAGACUCGAGAGGCAUCCAAGGUAUAUACAAUUAAGACGGUGGUCUGGGUCCUCUCGGGUCUCAUCUUCCCAUCCAUGCUUAUAUCGACACGAAAGUUUGAUCGUGGACCGCUCUUCUACCCACAAGACGCGUGGAAGAAUCAACGACUCCUCGCCUGUAGGACUAUGCUUUUUAUUACUUCAGACCUCUCCCAAGUAUCGUGCAAUGGAAUGUUCAUAUCAUGGGUGAGCCCUAAGCACGCUGGUCCAACGACAGAUUCGCGGACAGCACGAUGAGGAAAUCGUGAACAGUCUCUAGCAAGGCGAACCACGCGUUCGCAAUUCCCGCCGCGAGAUGCGCGGGGUAACGGCCAACCGACACCUCUAGCGCUAGUAACGUCCCGUUGUAAAUACGAUAAUCUCUGCGACGUAUAAAUAUACAUAUAUAAAUAUAUACAUAUAUAUGAUUUAUUAUAUAUAUGUAUGGAUAAUUCCGUACUUAGGGUGGCGAGCGAAUGAGCGAAAGACAGGGGAGAGAAACGCGUACCGUUUCGACAGAGAAAUUGUUUCCAUUGUAUUCUGCGCCGAUGUCGUAAUUGCCGUGAUACGAGACACUUUUUGGCUAAGCACUUAGGGAAUUCAGUUUACGGUAUAUACAUAGAAACGACACACCCGCGAGAUGUGCACGUUAACACGGGCAUCAGACGCGAAUUACCCGUACACGUUAUUAUAGGCGCAAGUACGUCACGUGUAUAAUCAACGAUGCAACUAUAGCGACCCUGUUGAAUCGGUAUCGAAAAGACUCUGAGGCCAUGAGCAUGCUGAGUGCCAACUGUUAAAUGGAUUUGUUCAGGUUAGCAAACUAUAUCCAGGGUUCCAUAUUUUUUUUUCAGAAUAAAUUAUUUCUCAAAGCAUUAUAUUAAAGAGUCAUGGAUUUUUACAUGUCAUAGAGGGUUUCAUAUUUUCUCCCAAGACAAAUUAUUUUUCAAAGCAUUAUAUUAAAGAGCCAUGGAUUCUGCAUGUCAUAGAGGGUUCCAUAUUUUGUUCUCAGGACAAAUUAUUUCUCAAAGCAUUAUAUUAAAGUGUCAUAGAUUUUUAUAUGUCAUAGAGGAUACCUUUGCGUUUAUUAACAUUUUGAGUAUAUACCCACUUCGACACCAAGUCUUAGCGCCCCUCAAAGUCUAUUCCAAAUUGCUGGUAGCCCGCACUCAAGGAUGCCACCUCAUAGUUACUCUGCUGACUCUCCAAAGUCACCAUAUUUGCAUCGUCCACUGUACAGGUCUGCACAAGAAGCACUCCCGCCUAGGGGCGAUCGACGCUUUUCCCACGAUGCCGCGUACGCUGGAUCGCCCCCGUCUUGAGACACACGCCACCGUUCAUCACAAUCAUGAUCCACCAUCACCAGCCCCCGCAACACUUCCUAUUCCUUGACGUUCACGUCCUUCGAAAAAGAUCCUAAUUUUUAUCAAAGCCGUCCAGCUUAACUUUUUGCGAGGAUAUUUCUUGGUAUUUUCGCACGCGAGGUAUAAUUAAUCAGCAAGACAAAACGUUAUAUAGGCUUAAAAACGAGGAAUCACAUCCCGAGUUCAAUCCCACCGUGGCACUUGGCCAGGUUGGGAUCGACGUUGUUUGUGUGAGCGUGUCAGAAUGGGACAGAUACAGGAGUUAGGUUCGAACGAGAAAUGAAAGAGGUCGAAUCGAUUAAACACUCGAGACUUUCACGACCUGUGUUCUCGUAGUUGACGUUGUUCUAGGAUUUGGAUCGAUGACCUGUGUCUUUUUGGGCAAGUGCAAGAGAAAUCGAUGGGAAGCCUUGUUUGAAUGUCUCGAGUUCAUGCGUCUCCUUAUCGGAGGAUGCGAUUGACAGCAAGUAGGGUGUCCGAGUUAACACGUUCACUGUCCCCAUAAGCAAACAUAGAUGUAAUUUGCACGUUCUAGAAAGCGUUUAGUUUCCUCAAUGGAAGCUGUGCUGAUCCAUAUAUGGGCCAGAGACUCUUGGAUGAGAACUGUUCUGAAUCACAUGUGGGCCAGGGGUCGAUGAACUUUAUUACUCGAAUACAUGGUUUGUGUUAUAAAUGCCUAAUAACUAGGAAUGCACUAGGAGCACUCAGAGAAGCUAUAGUUUGAUCAAAAUCAUUUGAUGAUAUAAUAGAAGUCACGUGUAUCGUGAUUAACCUGUAAUUCUGAAGAAACUUUAGUUAAUACUUGUUCAAGAUGACACAACAUAUUACCCAAAAGACUCGAAUAGUGUCAACUGCUAGAUAAAUAGUUUGAAAGAUAAAGGAAAGUAGUGUGAACGUUCUGAAAGCAAGGCAAGGCACAGGAAUAGAGUAUGUUCGUUCGCGAAUGAUCCAAGCGACUCUCGUUUACUCGUCAUUUCGCUGUAGAACGAAUGCUAGUCACUCAUUCCUUGAAAAAUGGCGACGUUCACGGGCGAGUAUAGAUAGCGUAAUUGCGUCGUAAGAGAUGCGUGUGCAUAGCUUCAAUUGUUUACGCUCGUGGUUCGAUUGGCAUUACGUGUAUUGCGAGGAUCUACGAAGAAUGCUCUUGAGAAAUAAAGCAGUCUUUUCGUAAAUCAUGUUUUCGAGAUAAUAAUAUUGUUAUAAAUAAGAUUCAUGCUUUUAGACAUCAUUAAUCCAUAAUUAACAAAAAGGUUUUGCAUUUCUUUCGGAAUCCUCCUCAGUAAAAAUUUCACAAAUUAUUGGAAUCUUUCUCAAAAAGUUUACUUAUUAAAUAGAAUAUCGUCCAGGGACAUUCUUCGAGUUCUUCGAUAUAGAUGCCAUUGUCUCGUUCACUUAUCAAGGUAGCAAGUAGCGAUUUCUUCUGUCCAAUUACGAGAGCCGAUUGUUUUCACACGCACGCGCUUAGCCGUCGUAGAUCUCGAUGUGUUUCCUUUCGUAACGAUCAGUGAUGUUUCACAAAGUCGAAGGGUCUUCGUGUUGAGAAGGAAAAGAAAUGGAGGACAAGGGAGCGAGGGCGCGAAGAGGCGAUAGCGUGAGAGGGAUGCAGAGUAAAUGAGAAUAAAUCGGAGCGGGCGUUUAUGGCCGCCGUCAGUGGUCGUCGCGACGCUAUUCUUUUGCGUCGUGGGUUUGUGCUGUGCGCACCAUCGCGAUUUGAAUUCGAUUUAAUGAUACAAUUCGGAAAACGACAUUGUCGUCAGUCAUAUAUACAGUGACGAGGCGAAAUUUUAUUCAAAUGUUCUAUACUUGCUAUUUUAGAGAACCAUUUUUGUGAUGUAUGUACACUGUUUGCUGCAGGAUUACCCCCAAAGAAGGGGGUGGCAAUUUAUGGUCACAAUACUUAUUUCUUUAAGUGCAGUGUGAUAUAAGAUUAUGCAAUUUUUGGAAGGGUUUCUUUAAUUUUAGCUUUAAUUUUAAAUGAAACGUUAACGUUUGGGAGUAUUGUUUGUUGAGAGAAGUUUAGAAUUACCUCAGAUAAUUUAUAUGUACGUUUACUUGCAAUCAUGUUCAAUGUGAUCUUUCAGGACACUGAUAAAACAAUUCAACUUAAAUUUUAUUUCCAUAUUUUCGCAAUUUUAUUAUAUACGCAAUGAAAUAUACCUAAGCGCAAUAAAAAAAAAAAAAUAUUCACUAUACGUAGCUGCGAGCACGAAGUACUUAAAAAUACUCACGUCUAUACAUGGCAUAGUUUGAAGAACUCGUUGAUGCACGAGUGAAAUGUACUUACAUUCUGGUGUCUCCUUUUAUUUCAUAAAUGUAGUCCUUAAACAAUGUGAUUUUUAAAACAUAUAAUUAAAAUAACUUUAAUGUAGUAAAGAGAAUUUAAACUAGGCGAUCGUGAUGAAUACAACUAAGUUUGCUUAAGUAUGAAGUAAAUGUUACUUAUUUCUUUUUUGUACAGAUCACUUUCUGAAAACGCAGUUAAGAGUCUUUAAUGUACAAUUCUAGUGGAAAUAAUUUCCUGUCGUACCCACAUGCAUAUAUGGCCAACAGUGUACUUAAAAUCAAAGCUGAAAGUCAGACAAUUUUUUCUCAAAUUACAACCCAAGAAAAAGGACACUCUUACGACCUUCUCAGAACGUUUCUAGUCAGGACUUGCGCGAAGGAUCGCCGCUGACCACUGACGGUGUCAAUUCCUUAGAUGUCGAAUUACAUUUAAAUCCAUUAUACAGGUCUACGUAGUAGAUAUAAAAAUAAGAUGCAUGGUGCCGCCGUUCUAGCGAUCAAUCCACUUUUUGAGCUUGCGGAGUUCACGAUAAUGUAACCGUAAUCGUUGUAAUUAGCCAAAAAAAAACGCGAAUUUUAUUGUGCACCCGUUUACCACCGAUCGAUCGAUCGAUCGAUCGGCGGAUCGAAUCGCUAUCGUAGAAUUUAUACGCGAGUAGGACGGUGUUACGUGUGCGGCGAACGUGUUAAGAAGAAGAUAAAAGAGAUGAAAAAAAAUACGAAAAAAUGAAAAAACACAAUGGUGUAUUAUCGCUACUCGUUAAUGGGCGUGCUUAUGCAUGAUUGUUCG